AUGUCGACGCCCAAGAAUUCUCAGCAACUCUUGAUAAACCAGCUAUAUCUCUAUUUGAAGAGCAACGGGCACGACGAAUCGGCUGCUAUAUUGAUGAAAGAAACGGAAAACAUUUCAUCGCCUCAUAUAGCGAAACACAACGGCAAACUCAACGGCAACGACAUUAGUGAUAAUGGUAUCGGUAGUGGCAAUGAUGGAGACAAUCAAGAUGGAGAUGAUGAGUGUAUACUAUUGGAUUGGUGGAGUCUUUUGUGGACCAUGCAUAGUGCUUCGAAUCCGGAAUUGAAUCAGGUUUUACUUAAUCCAAACGUCAAUAAUGCUAUGAACGGGUUGGCUCCACUCCCGUAUCCAGGACUUCAACAGCAGCAGCAGCAGCAGCAACAACAGCAGCUCCAACAACAAGUACUCAUGAUGCAACACCAGCAGGCUCAAAAGGGCCCCCAGUCUCUGCAAUUCCAACAGCUGCAGCCAAUGCAACCAAUGAUUAGGAACCAACCACCACAGCAACCACCACAGCAACCACCACCACCACAACAACAACAGCAACAGCAACAGCAACAGCCUCCACCGGCUAUUCCAAAAGUCCCAUCUCAGCUAAGCCGCCAACCAUCUAUGAUGCAGCAACGACAAAAACCCCUGGCCAACGUGCAACAAGCACGUAAAGGAGCUGCUCAAAGUUCGAAAUCCAACGACAAUUCACCUGCUAUGCCAAAGCCACAACCACAACCGCAACUUAAUGCAUCAUCUUCGCAGUCGUCAAUAAAUAAAAACUUGUCUUCUGGAGUUCAAAUGCCCAUUGGAACCAACAUGUCGCCUGCAAAUGUUAACCAGGUACAACAACAGGCCCGGCUACAACAGCUCAAAAUGCAAUACCAGCAAAACAAUUUGACACAAGCUCAUCAGCAACAGCAGCAGAGAAUUCUGCUGCUGCCGUCGGGUCAAGGCUUUGUUGCUGGAAAUCCUGGUGCUGGUCCCAUGCCACAUACUUUUGUCAGUCCGCAGCAACAACAACAACAACCUCAACAGCAGCCGAAUUUCAGCCACGGCCAACCUUUUGCCCAGCCUCAAGUUGCCCCAAAUCCAAUGCAAAGGUCACCUGCAAUGGGUCAGGGUCAACAGGGAGCUCCAACUAAUGCAUCUCAAACGCCAAUGCAAAAACCCAGCCAAGCGCAAGCCCAAGGCCCGCCUAGAGAAGCCAAUAUUCAAUCAUUGGAUGCUUAUCAAAUGACCUUGUGGCAGAUGGAAAAUCAAAACAACAUGCAAAGACAGAGGUUCUUGCAGCAGCAACAACAAGAACAACAGCAACAGCAGCAGCAACAGUUACAACAAGCUCAGCUAGCUCAGCUAGCUCAAAAAAACCAACAAGGGCAACAAUCACAAGCUCAGCAAGUUUCAAGAGUUGGAGAUGAGUCUAAUCCUCAACGAGAUGCUAUAUUUGCAAAUAUACUGCCCAACCAAAGACAACAACAACAACUACAACAACCCACGCCAGCUCAAAGUCAACAAGGCAAUAGACCAGGGCAAAGAGCACAAGCCCCUCAACAGCAGCAGCAGCAAGGGCCUCCACCACCACCGCAGCAACAACUGCAACAACCACCGCAGCAGAAUCAACAGAAUCAACAGCAGCAACGGCUAUCGCAACAACAACAACAACAAAAACAACAACAGCAGCAGCCACCACAACGACAAGAACAACCUCAGCCACAACAACUCCAGAAACAGAACCAACAACCUCAGCAACAACAGCCGCUUAAUAUACAGAUGCCACUUUCAGCCACGGUUAAUACCGGUGUUGACCCUCUGAUGGACGAUUCCUUCUUCUCCGCCAAUCUCAUCUUGGACGAUUUCUCAGCCAUAGCAGGCCAACCGCUGCAACAACAACUGCAACAGCAACAGCCAUCGCAACCGUUGCAACCGGGGAAUUCAGACGCAUUGAAUGGUAUUGCCAUGCAAGGCAUAGUUAAUGGUUCCAGCAAUAACGGCAAUGCAUCAGCAGCUGCUGCUGCUGGAUCUUUGAUGGGAUUUGAGGAAUUGGGAGACUCAUUUGGCACUGAUUGGUUCAGCUCGAUGGGGUCAGGUCCCGGGUUUGAAUAA